GGAUUGUGAAAGGAUUUGCUGCUUCUGCCGCGGUGACGUCGUCCUCUCGUCAUCGUCGUUAUAAGGUUAAUUGCAUUUGGAGUUAUUAUGCAAGUAAGUAAGUGACGUUUUCGUAGUUGGCCAGGUAGUCGUGGCGUUAUAAUAGCCGAACUGUGGGGCUCUUCUAGAACUAGAUGGAGGCAGACAGGAGGAAAUCAGCAGAGAGCCAUAUACCCCCAGAUACAGAAACCAAAAAGGUUUAUUGUAUGGAUUGCUGGCUUGCUUGCUUGAGGGUCCUUGUGUGGGAACUCAACUCUUUUCUACAGCAUUGGUCUCUCCAAUCCGUUAAAGCUCUCUUCUGGCUGCUUAAACUCCAUACCAUUGCCUGCCUGCACUUCUAUUCUUCUAUUCAGCAGCUAGCAGCUAGCAUUCGCAUUACACGACGGUCGACUAAAAUGCCGUGUUUUAGAGCUGGCUGCCCUUACGACUAAAACUCGGCUAACCUUCUGCUGCCGCACUCUUUAAGAGGAGCAGAAGAGAACAUACCGUUUUCAGACUCGCUGUGUUUCUUCUCUCUGCCACAACUUCCCCAAAAAUACUGAAGAAAAGAGGAAACUGCAAUAAUAACAAUAAUAAUUUUGCCUCAUCCUCCUCCUCCUCCUCCUCGUCCUAUGUCCGAAAUCAUUCCAAUAAUCGCGCCCUAAUUGUCACCAGGGAACACCACCUGUCCAAAGUACUCCACUAAUUAUUGUGAGCAAUAAUAAAGACAUUAAGCUUCUCUCGUAUUAUACACGAAACUACUUGUGUAUGUAUCUCUCUCUCUCUUGUCACACUCCUCCUCCCAGUGUUCGCAAUACGACGACGACGCCAAUUACUAAUUGGCUCAUCAUCACUAGAUAUACGUCGACUGGAAGUCACUGCACAAAAGAUAUACACCUUAUUACUCGUAGUACCGGAGUUGUUUAAGGAGGAGAGCACUUUUCCUGCUUCUUCUUCUUCUUGGAGACAUCAUUGUUCAAAAGUUGUUGUUGUUCUUGUUAACUAAAUAAAACCACAUACAACUCGAAUCAUCAUCAUCAGUAUUGAAUUCAAUCCAGGCGAAAGAGUUUUCCUAAUAAUUUUGGAAACUUGUAUUAUCUUCAUUUCUAUACUAACAACUAAUUACUACCUACCUCGGGAGAAAGGAAGAAAUUAACGGAAGGUAUUAAAAAAAUAUAUAUAUACGAUUAUCCUAAACAAAGGAGGACUUGAACUGAAAUCAAAAAUAAACAUUAAUACAUAAAAGAAGAAUCAACUAAAUGCAGAGGAGGAGAAAAAUAUAACAAAUUUUUAUAGAAUAUUUCUCCACGAAAAAAAAUCUAAUACCCUGAUCGCUCUCUUGUCAAUAAUUCGACUCUAAUUUGUAAUAAAUACCUCUUCUUCUUCUCCUUCUUCUUGUUAUACACAUUCCGAAAUAUAAUACGGCGGAGGACGGACGACGAUAAAAAGUUAACCAAAAAUCAAUCAUUUCAUAAUACUUGAAGAAUAAAUAAAAACAAAGCUAUAAAGAAAGAGUAAUAGUUUCCUUCUAUGCAACGACAUGUAAGUAAAAGAAUGUAAAAGUUGUAAAGUUUUUGUCUCGCGAGUGGAAAAAUACAUCUCGAAAUUAUCAUCAACGUCGCACAUAAAUAUACUAACACAACUAGAUAAAGGUUUUACUAUGUUAUUGACAUAACUUAAGUGCAAGUGAGACAAAAAAAAAGUCACUACCAUCACCGCUUGUAUUAUCAAUAAAUACCGUAAUUUAGAAAAGUGGUUUAAAAUAAAUAUUGUGAAUUAUCCGAAUUCAAAAAGUAUAAAUACAUAUACGUUACGUACUCAUAAAAGAGAGGAGAGUAUUUCUGAACCCUCGUUAAACAAACUGUCCCCCCGUAAGUUUUUAUGAAUGAUCACGUCAACGACGACGACGGGAUUUCCCACUAGUGCGCUCCAUUUAUGCCCCUCGGUCACCAGUGCCCAGCUCAUUGACGACACGCUACGACUCAACGCCCUCCUCGGCCCGGCGCCCACACCCACCAGCGUCUACCCGCCCCCCAGGACUAAACUCCAUCACCCAACCUUCAUCAACAUCCUCCCCUUGCCAAAUCCAAACAACAUUCUGAAGAUGGACGGAGGGCUGUUGAACGGUUUGUCCUUAGAGAACGGGACCAUUGUGACGACGCCCAUGAUUCACAACCCAUCGGGCGAGGAGACAAACUCGGCGCGGUCGUCGCCCUCGGGAGGGAAUGGGGGCGUGACGAACGGGAGCUCAUCCUCCGGCUAUGAGAACAAACUCUUCGUUGGGGGGCUGAGUUGGCAGACGACGCCGGAGAAGUUAAGAGACUACUUCUCUCAAUUUGGACCCGUCACCGAUGUCCUAGUCAUGAAGGAUCCCAUCACUCAGAGAAGUCGGGGGUUUGGAUUUAUCACAUUUACCGACUCAACCACAGUUCCGAGAGUAUUGGCAGUUCCUAUUCACAUGCUGGAUGGUAAAAGAAUCGACCCGAAACGGGCGACACCUCGAUCCAAAUCUGGGUCAAACAAAACCAAGAAGGUAUUCGUGGGUGGGGUGAGCCAAGAGACCUCGGUGGAGGAAGUGAAAGCAUAUUUCUUCCAGUUUGGGAAAGUGGAAGAAGCAGUCAUGCUCAUGGAUCAACAAACCAAGCGACAUCGAGGCUUCGGUUUUGUCACUUUUGAAUCUGAGGAUGUAGUGGAUCGCAUUUGUGAGAUACAUUUUCAUACAAUCAAGGGGAAAAAGGUGGAAUGUAAGAAGGCUCAACCUAAGGAAACCGUUGCGAGUUUGAAUCUCCUUGCUAAGCGUAUGGUUCUUCCACUUUCUGCUUCAUCUCUGGCUGCACAAGGUUCGCCGACGUUUUCACUGGCAGCUGCAGCGGCCAAUUAUUCUAAAAUUCUUGGCGGUGGUCUCAAUUACCCAUCCCUUGGCAACUACAGAUAUUCGCCUUAUCCUCUACCAAAUUUGAAUACCACAAGUAGUAACGCGUUACCCAGUCUUUCAUCGGCUCCAGCAUAUGGGGCUUAUGCACUUCCAACAUCUGUGGACGUCUCAGGUCUUCAGAACUUGGAUUGGUCAGGGGUAUACAAUGCGUACGUUUAGAAAUCGUCAUCGUCUCCGUAAUGCUACACUAUACCAUAGAUUUAACUACUUUAAUUUAAUUUAACGACAACUUAAGUUGGACUUUAGUAUUAAGUAAUGUCGGGGUUACAUGAGUCGAGGAGGUUUGAAAAUUGAGGUAUCUUUUAUCAGCGUUGACUGUGAGUAAUUCAAGGGUAGAGAGAAUUCAAGGUUCAAAAAUAUUUGAUAUCAUUUACGUAUUGACUAUACAAUUUGACGAGAACCUUGAAAUAAUAAUUAUAAUAACAAUAAUAACAAAAACAAGAACAAUGGUAUCUUAAUAUCUAACUAAAUCGAGUCUCAGUAUUUUCCGCAAACAUACAUAUUUAGAAAUACCAGUGACUGAGAGAGGGAACUUGCAAGCAUAAUAUACAUAAGCAUAUAUAUAAUAUUUAUGCUUUAAUUAGCGUGUUAUUAAUUUAGCUACUACUACUAUUAAAUGGGUAGCGCAUUUAAACCAUCUGCAUUCAGGGCAGACUUACAGCUAAAUUUAACCCUUCAAACCACACAACAACAAAAAAUUAGAUAAUCUCAAAUUAUCACUAGUAUUAUUUUAGAAACAGGAAGACUGUGCAUGAUUGCAUUAUUCCCCAGUGAAUUAAAAUCGGAAAGUAUAGUUACCGUUUACAGUAUAAAAUGAAAAGAAAGUAAACUCUCCAUGUUCUCAGGCGAUCGUUCGCUUCCAGUUGUUGCACUACCAAAAAAAUACCUAUCCCUACACCUACCUACCAGGCGUCGUCGUCGUCGUCACCUCGCAAAAAAACCAUGUAUUAAGUAAAAGAUGGCUGAUAUAUAUUAUUUAUAGAUAACUAAAUAUCUACGUGUGGCGUGGUACGGACUGUUUGUCACAAAAAUAAUGAACACACUACUUUCUCCGGGUGCAAAACAUACCACACAAAAAAAGCAAAUACAUUUAACGCACUGUUUAUUAUAUUAUUUACCAGGUAUCGUUUCAGACGCCGUCGAAAUCAAAUCUAGUCUAUGCCAUUGACUAAUUUGUUGAUUGUUGUAGAUUGUUGAACUGCAUUCCAAUUUCGAAAGUAAUGACUUUUCUGGGAGACUUAUGGGCAGAAUAAAUUUUUAGUAUUAAUUUUACUUUUUUCAGAAAGCUCGGCUGCUUUCAGUUUUGUUGAAAGAAAACUUUCCAAAGAAUUAUUGGAAGAUUUGUCUAUCUAUUUCCUCCUCCCUUCAUGCAUGAUGAUAGGAUUUCAUGUUGCAUACUAUACGACGACUAUUGGAGAAAGUUGACAUAUUGUGUGUGGUGGUAGAGUUAAGGGCACAAAUGAUAAUCAAAAGUCAGGGCAUUAUUGACCAACCAACCAAUAAUUAUCUUAAAGCUAUUCAGUGCGAGUCUUCCUCACAAUUGUUCGAUUUUUGGGAUAUUAUUGUGUUCCUUCUACAUAAUUGUGGGUGGGACCGAGUUUAAUUGCCGUGCUUAUUUUAGUAUUGCGUACUUGAAAUUGCAAAAGCUAAAAACGAAAUAAAACAUCUCCAUAUCUUAUCAAAAAAUGCAAGAAAAAACCAAUUGGUUGGCAGACUAUGUACAAUACGACCAAAGGAAGAAAGUAAUAUUCCAGCAUUUUAAAUUCAUAGAUGACAAAAAUUCCUGGUAUUGUGUUUGUCCUUCUCUCUCUUUCUGAAAGAAACAACUCGAACCAUUUAUUUUAUCACGUCAAUUUCUACAAAGUUCUGAAAACUCUAUCACGCCCUGUGUGUGUAUGUCCAGUUCAAUAUUCAUAACUAUCCAGUUAUAUAUUUUUUCCAAAAUUUUUUCUACACACCCAACUUUUUUGAUUGAACUGCACAGUAGUAUACACAGACAAUAUUAGACAUUUCCUGUUUCUCUCGAACUUUCUACGCUAAAAAAUCCAAAUCAUACAUAUUAUGUCACGACUAUGACGUGUUGUAUCAGUAAAUAUUUUGAAAAAAAUGGAAUGACGCGAACCUAGACGACAAAUAAUUCAAUAUGCCUUGAAUCAUCGAUGCCUUAUCGUGAUGUUAAGAAGAGGUUGGUUGGUUUGUGCUGAAGGGAUAAGCAAGCAAUACAAUUGAACACACUGCACAAAGAUAUAUGUGUACGAAAAAAGAUACAGGCAUUAUUCGAACAAAUACACAAAAUACACACAAAAACACAAUUAAUUGGUGACGUUUUCCGUACAUGUAGCCCUUCUCCUGAUUAGAUGAUGAUUUUUCUGCCUCUACUGGAACCAAUCUCUUGUACUCUCUGUCUGUAAUACAUUUCUUUACAUACAAACAAAAGUGGAUUGACGAUUGGAUGGUAUGAAUUGGUGGCAAAUUAAGACUCUAAACAUAAUUUGGAUAUAGAUACGUAUAGCUGGCGAAUUUGUCAAGAUUAUAAAUACAAUACACACAUACAAAAUACACACUGGGUGGCGGAAGGUAGUACGUAUGAUAGGUCAAAGGACAUUUAAAACUGAUAUAUAUAAACUAUUUCUCAUAAAUUAUAUAUAAAUAAUAAUGACCACAGCAAUUCAUCACGAGACAAUAAGUUGUAAUUGUAAAUCCAUAUACGUGAAGAAGAGGUGGAUAAAAAGUUAAAAUAUUAUCGAGUCAUCGUCGCGUAUAUAUUUUGGUGAAUCUCUCUCUCAACUCAACUAUAUCAAGUAAAUUGGAAAUAUUGCAAAUAUCAUUCAAAAAUACAUAAGAGUGUUAAAUCAUUCAAAAAAUAAUAAUAUUUCGUAUUUAAGUAAGAGUCCGGAUGUCUAUUUUACUGACAUUUUCAGGAAUUUACAUUUAACUAACGGCAAAGAAAUUAUGAUGGGUUAUUUUUUAUCAAUCCAUGUUUUACAUUCCAUUCCAAAUACAUAAGUCAUUGUUUGUUUUACUAGAUAAUUUUUACUUUAUUAAGAGGAAAACCUAUCAUCGAAAGAAAGAAAUUGAAUUAAGGGAGUUAAUUCGUUCGUCAGUCUUCUCUGUGUCUGUCAUGUACGUGUGAAGUAAAGAAAAGGAGAUGCGGUUUAUCAAACACAAACACAAUUUGACAAUCCUGAUGCAGUCGUAGUAGUUUAGAAAUAAUGGUUACAAAAUUCCCAAUACAUAGGACGGAUUUAAUUGAAACUUUCCCUGAGAAAAUCCAUAAAUAUCAUAACAAACCACAUAAAAAUAUAUAGAUCUUGAUCUUCAAUUAGGUACGUAAAUAAAUACAUACAACGAGGUAAAAAUAUCCCAAAGUAUAGAAAUAGACAAUAUCUUAGAUCAUAUCUUAGACGGAUUGGUUCGAAUUGGACAAGCAUUUUUCUCAAAAUGACUCCUCCAAUGAUGAUACACGCACGCACAUUAACCAGCGAAUUAGACAAUUAAAUCAGGUUAUAUAAUUAACCAUGUGUCUCUUAAAUCUGAGAAGACUUUUACCGACAGGAAAGAAAUAUGCAAAAAGUUUUUAAUUAAAUUCCCAUUGUGCCAGGAUUUUGUAACCCUUUUCUUCUUUAUCUAUUGCGCGUGUGUAUGUAUGUUGUUGUUGUUGUAUACUCGUAGAAAACAAAUCUAUCCAUCAUUUGUCAUCCAAUACAAUUCCUUUGCGACAGUAAUAAUGCAAAUCUUGACCUGGACAUGAAUAAUGGGCAAUAAUUAAUAUAUAGUGCAGUUUAUAUGAAAAGUAGUAAUAAUCAUAAUAAUAAUAAUGAUAAUAGUAAUAAUCCAAGAAUUUACCGUGAUCAAGAAUACAACAAAGUCAUGAUGAUGAUAUAUUCAUGACAUGACCGAGGAUACUUUCAUUCUGAGCAAUUUGUUGUUGUUCGAAGAUCAAAUACAUCGAACAAAACUGUUUUAAAUAAGUAAGUGAGGGGAAUUUUUUGUAGCUGCCACGUCAUAAAAAUUUACCUGGAUAUUUACACAUAUAUCGAGACGAUAGGGAUUAUAAAGUACAUUUGUAACGGUCCUGCCCUCGUCUAAAUACAACAAAGAACAACAAGAACAACAAAAUACAUCACAUCCCAAUAAAUUUCAGCUCUCUUUAACUCGAGGCCCUAUCACUGUGAGUGAGGUGAAAUAGACUGUUUUACUUUUCGUUGAUUCAGGAAAUAAUGGUAUAAAAAACCAAAAACUAAAGUACGAUAUAUAAGAAUUGCAUACAGAUAGCUACAUACAUAUUAUACAUACAUACAUAAUGACAUAAGGCUAAUAAGAGUACUAAUAAGUUAGGAAUGGUUACUGUGAAAGUUUUGUGAUUUUUGUGUACAUAAAUGAAAUAAUGCGAGUAUGCGAGAACCAGAGGUGUAAAGAGAAUGAGCAUUUAUUAGCAGAAUCUCAAUCUCAAUUCAGUAUUAUUGAUUGGAUGCAUGUUGUUAUUGGACUGAAAUGGCUGCUAAAAAUACGUCGUCGUCGUCAUCAUCAUCAUAAUAAUGGGCUAAUAAUUAUUUUUUAAAAAAGUGUAAAAAAACAUACGCCAUAAAAAGGCUGAUAUCGGUUUGGUUUAGGAAAAAUAAUAUGAUAUCCAAUCGAACGAAGUGAGCAUGAAUUGUUUUCACUUACAUAAAAAUUACUAUGUACAUUACAAGAAACGCACACUUGUUGCGAAAAAAGAAAAACCCAUGACCAUAUGGACAACAAUUUGUAUGCAUGAAAUUGACGAUGGUGAUUUUUCCUUCUGAAUAAUCCUUUCUUUUUAAAUGAAAACGCAAGCUAUUACCAUAAAAAAGGCUACUGCACAUACAAUACGACACACGACACACCCACCGCUGCUGCUCGGACACACCCACUUGUCCCUACUUUUUGCAGGUGUGGGUGGGGGUGUCGAGAGGGGUGGUGGUUUUGGUGGUGGAAAUGGUACUUAUCAUAUCGCAUAAAAAAACACGACCCACGACGACGAUAUAUAUCUUUCUACUACAUAUGUACUACUCUACCAAUGAUACAUACAUAAAAAAUAGGAUUUUUCACUACAAGAAUUUCUAAACGGCAUUUGAAUUUCAAAAUUUUGAAAUCAAAUAAACUUGCCUGUGAUUUUUAUUUAUUUUUACUACAUGCUGAAGAAGAAUAUGUAAGGAGAUGAGAUGAGGUGUAUAAAAGCACUACAUUUGUAUACUUUUUUGUGCGGAGUAUUAUCCUAUUGUAUUUUUUCUUGUCAUUCAUGGAAUACUUUUUCAUUUUGUUGAUAUUUUACUGCUAUAUUUACUGGUGUACAGACAGAUAUGUGACCAGGAGAAGAGUGCAUUUCGUUUCACAUGAUGCAUUUAUUUAUUUGCAUUAUUUUUUCUAGCUGUUAUGAAAUAUUGUUACCAAAAUAAUAAUGAUGAUGAGAAUAAUAAACCUAUUUAUAUAGAUCUGACGAAGCGAGAAAAAAGUAAGCGUGCAUAAUAAUGAGAUGGUGUUUGGGGGGACGGGGGGUGGGGUAUUAUUAAUUGGGGAAUUAUUGGGUGGGGAGAGUGGACGAGGGUUUUUUAAGUCAAGUAUGAUGAAAAUAUCUGUCUUUUUGAAGUUAUUCUUACUUAGGUUUUGUUGAUUCGCUUUUUUGAAUUGAAAUUGAUUUAGUUUUGACGUCGUCGCGUGUCAUAAAAAAGUAUGAGGAGAAUGAGUUCCUUCUUCCCACCAGUAAUUAAAAUUAUUCUUACUAAUCCGGGUUCUGGAUGACGAUAAAAACGUAUUUAGGUAGCAUGAGUAAAAGGUAGUUUACUGUAUUAAUCCAGCAGAUAUGUGUUGAAUUUGUGCGAGUAUAACGUUGUUUAAUUAAGUGUAAUUUACCUGUAUUAUAGUUUAGCUUGAUAAAUGUAUUUGGAGAGAGUUGUUGUUACUUUGUAAAAAUAUGAUGAUGAUGAUGAACAUAGGUUACUUAUCAAAAAACGUAAUUUUCACAAUGGUAAUUAUUUAUUUGUAUCCGAAUUACCAUCGCAGAGAUACAAUAAAGGUCAAUCAUGAUA